UGAUCCACUCUGGUUUGUUGAGUGCGAAGUGACAGCGCGCGUGCCAAUCGACGCGCGGCGCUUCAUCCGCGAGCGUGUUCAGGCAGCGUCGCGUCUUUAUUCUCACAGAAAUCUGAUGUAAACACAUCUUUUUUUAGACACUGACAAAGAGCAGAGAACGACAGAAGAAACAGCAUUCAGUUGCAUCAAGAAACACAAGGAACGACCACAAAGGAGCAACACUGACGUGGAAUCAGAGAGCUGGAGGGGCAGUCGAGGGCAAAGCAACAUGGAGGAGUUUAAAGUCCAGACCGCCAAACACCCGGUGCCCAACAGCUCGCCCAUGAGGCCGCAGAGCGAGCACUCUAAAGAGCAUACGGCCAAACGUCUGUCCUCCGCAUCCAACGGCACGAGCGAUGGAGGUGCGGGCGUUAAAACACCCGUGGAGAUCACGGCGCUGGAGGAGUCGUUCCGCAAGUUCGCCAUUCAUGGAGACACGCGCGCCACUGGCAAAGAAAUGAACGGCAAGAACUGGUCCAAACUGUGUAAAGACUGCGGCGUCAUCGAUGGCAAGAACAUCACCCUCACAGAUGUGGACAUCGUCUUCUCCAAAGUCAAGAACAAAUCCAGCCGCACCAUCACAUACAGCCAGUUCAAAGAAGCUCUCGCGGAGCUUGCCGGGAAACGUUUCAAAGAGAAAAGCAGCGAGGACGCCGCACAAGAGGUUUACAAAAUGAUAGAAGGGAAAUCGCCCGUUAUAUCUGGAGUUACGAGAGCUGUGGCUUCACCCACCGUGUCCCGUUUGACGGACACCACCAAGUUCACCGGCUCUCACAAGGAGCGUUUCGACAAGACGGGGCGCGGGAAGGGAAAGGCGGGGCGAGUGGAAGUGGUUGACACAUCGGGAUACGUGCCUGGAUACAAGCACGCAGGGUCGUACGAGAAGAAAGUUCAAGGGAAACCGCCACAAAAACCCAUGUGAGAUAUGCAAUGAAUGCAUUAGAAGACAAACCCCGACUCUAUAAAGCACAAAAGGAUUUUCCGUUUCCAUUGAGGUUGUCUUUUUCCUCUGUGGUUUUGUUCCUUUUCCUAUGUGUGUGUUUUAACUGGAACACUGUUUACAACCGAACAAAGUCAUCGCCAGCUUGUACAUUCCUAACAAACUGCAUGUUGAUGCAGUGCGAUAGCUCAUCUAUGCCAGCAGAAAGUAAAGUGACUACAGUAUUGCACGCUCUACUAUUGAAGGUUUGUGUCGAUAAUCUGUUGUGCUAUUGAAAUGAAAUGCACAUUUGAGCAUUUGACAUUUUUCUUAUGUUUCAGUAGAGUAAGGCCAGAAACAUACUUAACGCAAGUAUGCAGACACAAAUGCUUGACCAGCAUACUGCAAGUACAAGGUCCUGUUAUACAUACUUAAUGUGCGUUGUUACGCUACAGUGGCGGUAACAAACAUCAGUACUCUAGGGGGCGAUAGAGUUUCCUUCAAAUGUCCGUGACAUUAAACCAGAUGAGUUAUUAUUCAGGUAGCUAGCUAUUAAAUGUGUUGAAAGUUUAUUAAACUUUAACUAACUUGCUUAGAAAGAUUCUCUUCAAACAUGUUCCCUCAUGACCAGUGUUGGGUGUAAUCUAAUUACAAAGUCAUUAAUUACUGUAAUCGAAUAACUUUGUAGUCAUAGUGUAAUGAAUUACAUUUUUAAUUCUUAUCAGAUUACAGUUACUGACUUUCUAUGAAGUACUAAGUCUCUUACUUGAGUUACACAUUUUUUAAAAUAAUAUUAAUUUAUGUAGAAUAUAUUUGUGUUUCUGCGACAGCUGAAGAGUCACUAACGAGUCAUUGGAAGGGAGUUUAAGACUUGCAUGCAACAAUGAACAAGGGGAAAUAUAGAGAUUAUUUUGAAUUCCUAGAGCGUAAAAACAAAAUGGAUUAAGUGUUUUAGAAAGUAACUUAAAAGUCAAGUAAUUCGUAAUGUGAUUACUUUUCAUUAAGUAAUCGGUAAAGUAAUUUUGUUACAAUUUUAGAGAUUUAAGUACUUACCCAACACUGGUCAUGACAGUAGUUGACCUGAAAGAGAAAACUGACCGUGGAAGAACAGUUUGCGAUAAUUUCCGCUAUAGCGCCCCUUGUGGCAACGCUGAAAAUGCAACGCGUAGUUGCAUUUCGGAACACGACGAUGCACAAAAUCCAGCUUGCAUAGCCAGACACUUUUGCAUUCACAUACUUGCGAAAGAGUAUGUAUCGGGCCUAAGUUCUAUACAAAUAUAUUUUUAAUUUAUUUGUCUUAUCAAAAAUGACAUAUCAUUUAUUUAAGUCAUUUGGACAGAUGGUUUUAAAACCUGACCUUGAUAACGGAUUUAUUCUGCUAUGUUGUUAUUAGAACUAAGCUUAGACCAUUCAGAUUUCAAAACUAAAGUCAAUUCUACUGAUAUUGCAUUUCAUUUAUAUUUUGACAUAUCUUUGGUCAUGAACCGAAUGCAAAGGUCCAGCCAUUCUAAACUGUUCGUUUGAUGCAUAAAACUGCUUGUGCUCAAGAUUGUAUAUCUAGUAGUUUGGUUGAUGCUUCUAUCCUGUAUUUGGGUAUGUCAAGUUCAUGGCAUAACUAUGCAUUUCUAAUACUAUAAUGGCAUAAUAUGGAACACUGGCUGUGUGUUGUUUUAAGGUAAUUGUGGAAUGAUUAUUAAUCAUUAUGUGAAGGAACCCAGCGUCAGAAAAUGUACAGGACUUUCUGGGAAUCUAUCCUAUUUGCGGUUGAUAACAUAUAGACCUAAUAACAGCAUCAGUGAAAUAGGGAUCAUGCCUUUACAGAACGCCUCUGUCUGUCCCAACUAAAAGCUUUGGCCAAACAUAAAAAAAUGAACAAUAUAGUUGGUAGUCUCUAACGAUUUUAACACGUCUAAACAGGCCCACACAGAAUGAUUGAAAUUCUGCAGAUUUGAAACACGUGUUAAUUCACAAAAUUGCGCUGUUGAAAUAGUUUUUUUAAAAAGUGCGCUCAGGUGCAUUUAAUACAUUUGACCAUAUUCAAAUCUGUUUUACAGACUAUCCCCAGAAUUAACGCAGAUCAUUUAUCUGAUUAAAUCUGCAGAUUUCGGGCGGGCCUGAUUAAGAGCAAUAGAACAAACUCAGAAAUUUAGGUAUUUAAGGUAUUAAAUGUAUUUUGUAUUCUGCUGUGGAUUUUAGUUUGAAAAGCACUGUUAUUAUAUCAAGGCACUUUGCUUUUUUUGUUAGUAUGUGCAAUGUUUCUGCCAACAGAACUAUGUUUACAAGAGUCAAACUCUAGCCAAAUGAUAUGCAGUAACUAACAGUGGCAUGGCAUAAGUGUUAAAUCUAAACCAAUACAUUCCCUUUAUUGUACUGGUGUUCAUGUUUUGUAUAAAUGCACUGCCAUCUGAACACAAGAUUCAAUUUUCAGGGUUUCCACAUUAUUUAACCAAUACAUUUCCAAGACUUUUCCAUGAACUUUCUAGCUCUUAAGGAUUUUAUUUUGAACCAUUCAAAUUCACACCGAUUCGGUAAUUAUUCUACUCGAGCAAUAAUUAGUUGAAAAUGUAUAUUGGAGCAGCGCAUAACUAGAAAAAAUGUAUAUUGAUUAUAGAAAUUUUGGAAACACUUUACAAUAAGGUUUUAUGAAAUAACAAUGAACAGAUUUUUUUUUUUUCCCAACAUUUAUUAAUCUAUCUUAAAUGUUUAAUUUACUACUAUUCAUGGCGGUCUGGGUAGCUCAGCGAGUAUUGACACUGACUACCACUCCUGGAGUCACGACUUCGAAUCCAGGGUGUGCUGAGUGACUCCAGGCAGGCUUCCUAAGCAACCAAAUUGGCCCGGUUGCUAGGGUGGGUAGAGUCACAUGGGGUAACCUCCUUGUGGUCCCUAUAAUGUGGUUCUCGCUCUCGGUGGGGAGCGUGGUGAGUUGUGCGUGGAUGCUGCGGAGAAUAGUGUGAAGCCUCCACACGCACUACAUCUCCAUGUUAACGCGCUCAACGAGCCACGUGAUAAGAUGCGCCGAUUGAUGGUCUCAGACGUGGAGGCAACUGAGAUUCGUCCUCUGCCACCUGGAUUGAGAUGAGUCACUACGCCACCACGAGGACUUAGAGCGCAUUGGGAAUUUGGCAUUCCAAAUUGGGGAGAAAAUAAAAAAAAAUAAAAAAUAAUAUACUACUUUUCAUUGUUAGUUUAUGCCAGGUUAUAAUGCAUUAACUAUUAUUAACAUACAGAACUUUAAAUGUUAAAAACGUUUUGUAGAAAUUAAAAUCUAACAUUUACAGAAUUAAUUAAACUUGGUUAAAGUUUUCUUCAUUGUUAGGUCAUGUUAACUAUUGCGUUAUUACACAGCUAUCUGGUAUACUUGAUUCUGAUUGGUCAAUGGCGCCAUCUAGCGGUCUGAUAUCUCUGAGUAACAACCGCACAUCCAGGGAUUAAGACGUAUCAGACCACUUCUCCGGGUAUUAGCGAGCCUUCUUUCCUGCUUCUCGGAUCACUAUGCGAUCUCUACAAGUAAGCUAAUAAAAUAAUUUAAACUCAAAUCAAUGUUUCAUGUGCAUUUAUUUAUUUAUUUGGCAACUAGUUUUUUAGUAAGCUGUAUAAUGGGGGGCCUGGUUAGCUCAGCGAGUAUUGACGCUGACUGCCUCCCCUGGAGUCGCAAGUUUGAAUCCAGGGUGUGCUGAGUGACUUCAGCCAGGUCUCCUAAGCAACCAAAUUGGCCCGGUUGCUAGGGAGGGUAGAGUCACAUGGGGUAACCUCCUCGUGGUCACUAUAAUGUGGUUCUCUCUCUCGGUGGGGCGCGUGGCGAGUUGUGCGUGGAUGCCGCGGAGAAUAGCGUGAAGCCUCCACACGCACUAUGUCUCCGCGGUAACGCGCUCAACAAGUCACGUGAUAAGAUGCGCGGGUUGAUGGUCUCAGACGCGGAGGCAACUGAGAUCCAUCCUCCACCACCCGGAUUGAGGCGAGUCACUACACCACCACGAGGACUUAGAGCGCAUUGGGAAUUGGGCAUUCCAAAUUGGGGAGAAAAUAAAAGAAUAAAUAAACUGUAGUCAGACGGUCAUCAAUUACAAAGUAAACACCACCAGAACUCCGCCGCAAACCGGAGGUGGAUUUCAGCCGUUCAGCUAUUUCUUCCUUCUCACAUAACUACAACGCAAAUCAGUAUUUUGUGUCCAUUUAUUUAUUUGGUUAGUAGUCGUGUAAUAAGCGGGAUAAUGUACAGUCAGCACAGGGCGAUUCAAGUUUCCUUCGCUUCGUGGUCCUGAUCACUCUGUCGGGUUUAUUUUGCAACUGUACAUUAACCAUUACAUGGUUAACCAUUACGUAAUGUAUACAACCUUAUUGUAAAGUGUUGCCAACUUUUCCAUGAACAUUCUAGUUGUUUGUGAAAACUAUAUAACGACUUUUAAAAACUAUUCGAAUUCACAGAUUCGCGAAUGAAUCAUGCAGACCCAUUUGUGAUCCUGUUCGCAGUAAUCUAAUGUUAACUUAUGCACUGUUAAAGUGUUACAGAUUUAUACGAUUAUCAUGGCUUUUCCAGGCCUGGAAAUCACCAUUUUAAACUUCCCUCAAAUUUCCAUGUUUUCAAGGAGUGUUUGGAAACCCUGAACUUUGUAAUAGAUUAAAUUGUCCACUUCUAUGGAGGAAACAACUAAUGCAUCUAAGGGUUUAAAGGGACGAAUGAUUAGUGUAUAGACAUAUUCUUCUACAAAACAUCUAUUUUUCAGAUAUGAACAGUGGCUUAUGGUUCCUAUCAUACAUGUCAUGCUCGCCUGUAGAUUCUGCUUAGAAAGUGACAUUUAUGACAAUAAACCACAAAGUACAUUUGCUGUCGUAUUUAAUGUUUUGUGUGCUUAAUGCCAAAUACUGUUGUUAACCAUCUGUUUUGAAGAACAAUGCUGUCUGUUUUUAAAUAAUAUUUUUCAGUGUUCUACAGUAUCCUGAUAUGCAUGUUUUAUGGUGAUGAUAAAACUGAUUUUAACGUGUCAGUGUUUUGUAGCAUUGUACUGAAUAAAAAACAAACUACCUGG